AGAAACACAAAAAAUCGUUCUACUUACCGAAAACCUCCCAAAUCUUCUCCCACUAAAACCUCAACCGAGAAGCUGCCAUGGAGAACGGAGAUUUGCUCUGCGAGGCAGCCCAAAACGGCGACGUAGAAAAGCUCAAAACCUUAAUAGAAUCCGGAGCUGACGUCACCUACUUCGACAAAGAUGGCCUUACUCCGCUUAUGCACGCCGCCAAGCACGGCCACGCAGAGGUUGUUCAGUCCCUCCUCGACGCCGGCGCCCCUUGGAAUGCUCUAUCCCCUUCCAACCUCUCCGCCGGCGACUUCGCAAUGGACGCCGGCCACCAAUCCGCAUUUGACGUUCUUCUUUAUGCCGGGAUCCAAGCUGAGCUGGUGUUGGGAACAAUUGCUAGGAAAGAAAAUGCUAAUGGAGGAUCUAAUGUGGAGUAUUUAGAGGACAGGAUCAGUUUUAGUGAGGACAAGUUGAUGGAUGCGGAAAAUAAAGCAGUUAUGAUGGCUUGGGAGAAGCCAUUGAUGGAGGCUCAUGCCAAAGCUGUAUGCUCCAUGGGCGGUGAUGUUUUAAACGUUGGGUUUGGUAUGGGACUCGUGGAUACUGCUAUACAGCAGUAUGAACCCACUAGUCAUACCAUUGUUGAAGCUCAUCCAGAGGUGUAUAAGCGUAUGCUAGAGUCAGGCUGGGGCGAGAAGAAGAAUGUCAAGAUCAUUUUUGGCCGGUGGCAGGAUGUGCUCGAUCAGUUCGAAUCUUAUGACGGGAUUUUCUUUGACACGUAUGGAGAAUAUUAUGAAGAUCUGAGAGAGUUUCAUCAACAUCUUCCCAAACUUUUGAAGCCUGGAGGGAUUUAUUCAUUUUUCAAUGGCCUUUGUGGAGGCAACCCUUUCUUUCACAUAGUAUACUGUCAGUUGGUUUCAUUAGAACUUGAGAGUCUGGGUUAUUCUACCCAGUUGAUACCCUUACCUGUUAAAGAUUGCUUAGGUGAAAAAACUUGGGAGGGUGUAAAACAUAGAUACUGGCAGUUAGAUAGUUAUUACCUGCCUGUUUGUCAGGCCUUGGAGGAUUCAGAAUGAAGCUCGUUUUACGACCCUGUAUCCUCUGACUGUUGUAUUGUUUGACAAGUUUUAGUCAGCUGGAAGUCUUGAUUACUCUUCCUAGUGUAACUUCUUCAUAUGAGACAUAUUAUAGUCUUGCGUUUAGGUGCCAUACUUCCGCUUUACCGAAAAUUCUGCAAUAUAUUAUUUUGGGAUUUGUUUUGGCCCUCCUAACUAGACUGGAUUUAGUUCUUGGUUGACCAAUGAUGUAAUAGAGGUUGUUUUAUGUUUCUCCCCUGCAUGUUGUAGUCCCCUGAGGAGCUAUAUAUUUCUUUCUUCUUUUUAUGAUAGAAAAUGAAAAAGAAAAAUGCAGGUACUAAUCCAAUUCGUUCGAAUGUCUGUCGAAAUACUGGCUUGAUAGAUGAAUGGGAUGUGCCUCUAAGAUUCUUCUUCUAUGAAUAAGUGAUGCAUUCUCUUUAUUUUUAUAUAUUUUUUGGUGUCAACAAGAUCAAAGCUCAUGGUACAACGAAAAUCAGAGUUCAGAGUCAC